AUGGCUCGCUGGAGAAAGUGCUGUUCAGCGCUGGAUCGGGCCGAAAACCUAGUCUCGGUAGACCUUUGGCUGGACACGAGCGAGCCCGAGUGGCGAUUCACUCUAAGCUCGGUGAUGCGGGGGAAUGCAAACCCGUAUCAGUUUGGCGAGAGGCUAGCCAGCGUCUUGACGGUUAACAUUCCUGUCAACCCAAACAGAGCUGAAGCUUGGAAGGAAGUGGCCAAUGUUGAGCCGCAGUUUGCGAUUCGCGCCCGCGGCUGGCCAACUUACAGAGCUGCGCCUGACAUAAGUCCAAACCUCAUUAUUGAGAUAUGGAGUGCUUUCGAACCUGGGGUUCCUCGGCCGCCGGCGAUAAGUGUUCGACGCUGGCCUAAUCGGUCUCCCUUCUUGAGACGAUAUUGA